UCCGAACCUCCACAAGAUCCGGUCGCGAAAUCAGGUCUCCGCCUACCACAGUUUCCAAUCUCUCUUCGAACUCUCGGUACCGUUGAUUGUAUUCCCAGCCGUGGGCUGCUGAUUGAAUACGCAUCCGCCCAAAACGCCUAAUUACGUCCGAAAGCUGCAACCAUGGCCGGAAAUCCUUCAAGCCCGUACUUGGUAGCGAACCUUUUGGAGAAAAUGUCUCACCACGACUCCGAUUAUCGAUAUAUGGCGACAGUUGAUUUGAUGGCUGCACUCCAAACGGAAGGCUUUGCUCUCGAGGAUGUUAAUGAGAAAAAGGUUGUAAGCGCUCUCAUCAAACUUUUGGAUGAUCAAAAUGGUGAAGUUCAAAAUCUCGCGGUAAAAUGUUUUGCUCCGCUGACAAAAAAAAUACAUGAAAGCCAGCUGCAAGAAGUGGUCGACCAGCUUUGUCGACUUUUGAUGGACAAGCGCCCAGAGCUUCGUGAUAUUGCGUGCAUUAGUCUCAAGACCGUCAUAGUAGAGAUACCGUCCGGCUCGGUGGUUGCAAGUAAAGUCGUGAGCAGUCUGAUUCCAAAGUUGCUGAAUCAAUUUACAACGAACGCCAAGGAUCUACAAUUGGAUGUUAUUGACAUUCUCUCCGAAGUUCUAAGCCGCUUUGGACAGUCGCUGACUCAAGGCGCGAAUGGCUCCCAGCUACAAAAAUCGAUUCAAGAUACGCUAUAUCCUCUCCUUCAUCAUUCCCGACCUGCUGUUCGCAAAAGGGCCACAGGGGCCAUCGGCAAUUCUGUCACACAUAUACCUGAUGAUCUUUUCCACACAUUGGUGAAGAAGCUUCUUGCAGACUUGCGUAAUGAAGGGAGGUCUGCAAAUCACGAAAAGCUACGUACUUUCAUAGGAUGCCUAGCCACUCUCAGCCGAUACAGCUCUCAUCGCUUGGGACAGUAUCUUAACGAUACUCUACCUCUUGUGCUCGAAUACACGGAAUUCAAUGAUGACGAACUACGGGAAAAUUGCUUACAUGCUCUGGACUCGUUUGUAUUGCGGUGCCCUACUGAAAUGACCCCUCACAUUCCUACCGUCAUUGAUGUGUCAUUGAGAUAUAUCAAACAUGAUCCUAAUUUUCAAUAUGAAGACGAGGACGAGGAUGGUUCAGAGGCGAUGGAUGUCGACGAUGAAGGAGAGGGCAAUGGGCCUGAGGAAGAUGAAGAAGAAGAUGACGAUGAAUAUGAUGAUGCUGAUUAUUCUGAUGAGGACGAUGUGUCGUGGAAAGUGCGCAAGGCUUCCUCGAAGCUUCUGGCGUCCAUCAUAGGCACACGCUCAGAGCUGCUAGUCGAUUUGCUGCAGAACGUGGCGCCGGUCUUGAUUGCCAGAUUUAAGGAACGCGAAGAAAGUGUCCGAGUAGAUAUUUUAAACACUUUUAUAACACUCGUGAGACAGACUGGCGUUGCAGCAGGGAUCGGAAAAGCCUCUGAAACUUCUACAGCCAGAAAGCGGGACACUAAGCGCCGGAAGGGGGCAAGUGGAGCGGUCGAGAUGGAGGUCACAGGUCCUCGUGAACUACUCGAAGAGCAUGUUCCGCGUUUGAGCAAAGCGCUUUCCAAGCAGCUUAAUGGAAAGUCGAUCCAAACGCGGCAGACAGGAUUCACACUUUUGCGUGAACUUGUUCGGGUGCUUGAUGGUGGGCUCGAUGUCCAUAUGGGUCUGUUCAUACCGGCAAUCGAGUCGUCUUUAACCAGUGCUACUCCCGGGCAUCCUUCCAAGAGUUCUACCAAUUCUAAUUUGAAGAUUGAAUUAUUGGAAUUCUUACGGAUAUUGUUCAUGACUCACGAGCCUCACGUAUUCCAUAAGUACCUAGCCCGCUUGGUCCCGCCAAUUGUCACGGCUGCUAAGGACAAAUUCUACAAAAUAACUUCUGAAGCUCUCUCAGUUUUUGUUGAGCUGACCAAAGUAUUGCGACCAAUUUCGUUCGACGAGGAAAGCAAUCGACACCAAAUUGGACCCCUCUUGUCCCCCGAGUUGGACAAGUACCUCCAGCUAAUGUACACCACUACAUUGGAUCGAUUGAAAGCGGCCGAUAUUGAUCUGGAAGUCAAGGAACGAUCUAUAGUAGCCUUGGGUAUCAUGCUGUCGCAGGCCGGUGAUCUGCUACCAAGCGAUCAAAUUAGGACCGUCGUACUUCCACUAUUGGUCGAUCGCUUGAAGAAUGAACUUACACGCCUAACCACGGUGCGCGUUUUGACGAGCAUUGCAGAGAGCCCCCUAUUUGAGGAUGCAGCCACGUCGCGGAAAAUUGACUUGACUCCGAUUCUGCCUGAGGUAGUUCCUGAGGUUGCGUCCUACCUCCGCAAAUCUCAUCGACAACUUCGUGUGGCAUCGCUUCAAUGCCUCGAAACAUUCGUUCGCCAAUACGGCAAGCAGCUUGGCGCCAACAUUUACCCAACCAUUUUAUCGGAAGUGCGCCCCCUUCUAUCGGACUCCGACCUUCACAUUCUUCCUUUGGCCAUGUCGGUGGUUUGUGUGGUAGUGUACAAUGGGCCAGGCGCAGAUGUGUUACCAAUAGUGAAGAAGGACAUUCUACCGCAAAUCGUGAAAAUGAUGAUUGAAUCGCCCCAUCUGGUGGGUGCCGGUCCUGGGCUAGAAUCUUUGCUUCAAGUUUGGCAAUGCGUUGUACGUACAGGCGGGAGCGAAUUGUUCUCCCGUAGUGUUGAUAUGCUACUGCAACCAGUUGUCGGUCAGCCUGGACACCCUGUGGCAGGCAAACAAGCAUUCUCAGUAAUUGCGCAAUCCAUUGCGAUCUUGUGCCUCAAUUGGGAGAAGGAUGCUCCGCCGACAAUAGAGAAAUUUAUUAAUGAAGUGGAGAAUGACUCAUCGAAGGAAAGUAUGCGUUAUGUUAGUUUGUUGAGCCUGGGCGAAAUAGGACGGAAAAAGGACCUGUCCGGCUUGCACCCCGAGCUGGACCAAACGCUCCUGAAGCUAUUUGCAUCACCUUCUGAAGAGAUAAAGCAGGCUGCUGCCUUUGCAUUGGGCAAUAUCGCGCUAGGUAAUCUGCAACGAUAUAUGCCGAUUGUGCUUACAACGGUCCGGGAAGGAGGCAAAAAGCGCUACCUGGUUUUGGUGGCUCUUAAGGAGAUUAUUACACGCUUUUCACAUCACGAGGCGUCCGCAGCGUCUACAUCUACUUUACAAGCGUUUGCGCCGGAGCUUUGGCAGGUGCUUUUCCAACACACCGAAGAAACAGAGGAAGAGGCAACCCGAAAUAUCAUUGCCGAGUGCCUCGGCAAAUUGUCUUUGUCACAGCCUGGCACAUUCCUGCCCGACUUGCAGUCACGGUUGGCUGCCUCUAAUGCUCACGCGAGAGCUACCGUUGUAACUGCCAUCCGUUUUACAUUCACCGAACAUGUUGAACAUGAAGACUUCGACACACUUCUACGGCCUUUGAUUGUAGAUUUCCUGCGGCUUGUGAAAGAUGAUGAUUUGAAUGUUCGGCGCGUGUCUUUGACCACGUUGAAUUCGGCCGCCCAUAAUAAGCCCCAUCUUAUUCGCGAAUCCCUCGGCGAGUUGUUGCCCCUACUUUACGAUGAGACCGUUGUCAAGAGCGAACUCAUUCAUGUGGUGGAGAUGGGUCCGUUCAAGCAUCAAGUAGAUGAUGGCUUGGACACCCGUAAGGCGGCGUACGAGUGCAUGUAUACCCUACUGGAAACCUGUCUUUCCCGGAUAGAUGUGUUCGGCUUCUUGCAACGUGUGAUGAACGGUCUUUCGGAUCCAUCCCAUGACAUUAAGGUCUUGACUCAUCUGAUGCUACAACGACUUGCGUCUCUGUCCCCUACUGCCGUUGCACAAAAGCUGGAUGAAAUGGUAGAACCCUUGAAGUUGACGCUAUUUUCUAAACCGAAGCAGAAUGCCGUGAAACAAGAAACGGAAAAGACAAAUGAACUGGUGCGAAGCGCGGCCAGAACGGUGUUGAUUUUGGCACGUCUGAGCGAUGCCGGUGUCAGCCCAAGGUUUACCGAUUUUGUAAAAGAAGUGCAAGGGCCACAAAGUCCCGUUGCUGAUGUUAUGGCGGCCGAGUCACAAUAUGGUACACAAACGAAUGGUGUAGGGUAUGGUUUUGGGGUAGUGCCAAUGGAUUUGUCGUGAUGGAUAUAUGUCAUUUCCAAAUAGGAAUUUCAGUUUGCUGUUACCAUCAUGUGAACACAGGAAUACAGAAAUGUAUCUUGUAAGGUUGUCUCAUCCUUAUAUGGUACAAUACACGCUGUAGUGCGCA